AUGGAGGUAGACGAACAACAUGGAGAAUCAUCCUCAGCAUCUUCAUCCGUAUCAUCUUCAUCGACCUCUUCAGAUGAUAGUGACGAUGACUCGUCCGAAUCUGACUCCGAAUCUGGGCCCGCACCAGCGGCUACCCAGCCUGAUUCUACCAUUGAACCCAACAAGACUAUUCGGGAGAGACAGCGACUACCGACCUUGUCACCUACACCACCUCCACGGACCAUCCCAUCCUUCCUGCCUGAUCCUUCGCAUGGUACGGAGGAGGGAGCAAAGGCGCAGGAAGAAGAUAGGCGGACGGCAUUCAGGAGAGUGUAUAUGGACAAGUUGGUCGAGGCAUUCGGGAGUGAUCUGGAGAAACUCAGAGCUAAUGAGCCGACGUUGGACGCAAAAAGAUUAGGAGUGUUGAUUGAAUCCCUGGCCUCGGGUAGAGAAGUUUUUAACGAUCCUCAGUCUACCGACAAGGGAGGAGUAGAUGAAGUUGGGGUGUUGUUAGGAAGUAAGGCAUGA